AAAUCAAAAACAAAUUUCGAACAUGGAAUGACUAAUUGCCUUCAUUUUCUAGGUUUCCCAUAACCUUGACAUAACAAGCAGCAUACUUCUUGCUACUACAACUCAAUUAUUUAUCCAUUUUCAUUAUUAGCGCAUAUUAGAUUAUUACAAAAUAUAAUUAUUUUUAUGAUAAAAAAAGGAGAGAGAAAAAAUAAAAGAAAAAGAAAACACUGAAAAGAAACGCCAAAGUAUACUUGGUUCCUCUACCACCUGAUAAGCAGGAAGACUUUCUAACUGAUCCAUCCUAUGAUAUAUAUGUCAUCCUAUUAGAUUUAUUUAUAUGUUUUGAGGGGGUGGCAAUAAACAAAGAAAAUAGUUAUACCAACAUCAAAAGACUAAGAGAGAGAGAGAAAUUGAUCGUGUGAGUUUUAUCUUGAUCUUUUUGAUGGAUUGAGCUCUAUUAUUACUACUAGGUAAUUUUAAGGAAGAUCUGAAAAAGUGAGAAAAGAAGAGAAGUUAGCUUGAGUAUAGGAAAGAAAGGUAGCAUAGUUGUGAAGGGCUUUUGAUUUAUUUGGUGAGAAAGAUGGCGAAUCCGUGGUGGACGGGUCAAGUUGGGCUGCAAGGUUUGGAGUCAACUUCAUCUGGGAUGAAGGGGAAGCCAGAUCUAGGGAUUUCUAUGGGAGCUGAUCAUCAUCACCACCAGGCCGAGGAGGAGGAUAGAGAAAACAGUGAUGAGCCGAGGGAAGGGGCGGUCGAGGCACCGAAUAGACGGCCAAGGGGCCGUCCUCCCGGUUCCAAAAAUAAGCCCAAGCCACCGAUUUUUGUUACCCGGGAUAGCCCGAAUGCGCUCCGUUCACAUGUUAUGGAGGUGGCGGGCGGAGCUGACGUUGCAGAAAGCAUCGCCAACUUUGCCCGCCGACGCCAGCGAGGUGUCUGUGUGCUUUCUGCUGCAGGUGCCGUCACUGGCGUCACAAUACGUCAACCCUCGGCGGGGCCAGGCGGGCCUACGGUUGUUGCCCUACAUGGCCGGUUUGAGAUCUUGUCUCUCACAGGAGCCUUUUUACCAGGGCCUGCUCCACCUGGCUCCACGGGGCUUACUGUGUACCUGGCUGGUGGACAAGGCCAAGUAGUUGGUGGGAGUGUUGUGGGACCACUUAUUGCCUCCGGACCUGUUAUGGUCAUCGCCGCCACAUUCUCCAACGCCACAUAUGAGCGGCUCCCGUUAGAGGAACAAGAAGACGAGCAACCCGGACAACUUACAGGUGGCGCGUCAGGAUCCCCUCCUGCAGGACAACAUCAACAGCAACAACAAGGUAUGGGAGGAGAUCCGUCUUCUGGCUUAGGAAUGUACAAUUUACCCCCUAAUCUACUCCCAAACGGCGGAGGAGCAAGCGGUGGUGGUGGGCAACUUAACCAUGAAGCCUAUGGUUGGACUCAUGGUGGUCGCCCUCCCUUUUAACAAGAAUAAUGAUAUUCAUCAAGACAUAGAUUGGUUUAUUUUCAGGUAAAUUAGUCAUGUCAAAGAUACAUAUAUAUAUGAAGCACUACUUGUAUGAUUUGAUGUUAAUUAAUAGUGAGAGAAAGAUAGAAACGAGGAAAUGAUGAGAAAAGCAAGCAAAGAAUUGAAAGGGUUUAUUAUGCUCUCUUGGUGAUGAUGAUAGUUUUUAUUUUUCUUGUAAAUUUUAAUGUUUCUCUAUAUUCUAGACUAGGGUUCAGCUUUUA